AUGUCGUGGCCCUCCGAGGAGACCGAUCUUAAUAUGCCACCCGAGAAAGUCAUUGCACCCUUCCUCCGCUCUGCGCAUACUAUCGCCCCUAAGGUUGCGCAAGAUGCCGCCUCGCAUGGACUUUCUUGUCUCUUUGUCACCUUCAAUGCCCUAUCCAUUGUCGGUGAGGAUGCCCUAGACAGUGGAGGGGCCGCAGGUGUGCACGGCAGCACAGGGCGGGUUUCGCUUCUGGAUGCGUCGCUUUGUGCUAAGGGCACCUUCAUUGCGGGUAUUCAGGAAGCACGCACUCCGUCAGGUGAGUACCGGACUGCACAUUUGAGACGAUACUCCUCGGGGAGCUUAGAUGGCAAACUUUUUGGCACGGAAAUUUGGGUUGCAUCAGGUUCCGGUUGGCCAACGCACAGUGCGGCGGUUCUCUUUGCCGCACCCACCUAUCUCGCCAUUCGUAUCGACUUUGGUAGUUUUCGGCUUAGCGUGCUAGCUGGCCAUGGGCCGCACCGGGGACAUUCAGUUGAUCACAGGACGCGGUGGUGGAGUGAGGUGACCAGCCUCUGUGCAGCGCAUUCAUCCUCGGCCCCUUGGGUCUUCCUUGUUGAUGUCAACGGGCGAGUUGGCUCCAUCACGGACUCAGCUAUUGGGGCCCAUGAAGCCGACGAGGAAGAUCAGGCAGGUUGUGCCUUCCGACUCCUGAUAGGGAAGCAUCAGGCUUGGUGCCCGUCUACCUUUGAGUCCUUCGCAGUUGGACCAGGUGGCACACUGUUCCAAAAACGGAGCCGCACACUCGACCGAAGCGACUUUGUUGCCAUCCCACAGGAAUGGGGAGAUGCUACAUCAUGCGCUGAGGUUUGCCCAGAGAUCAAUGCCGGCCACGCCGCGCCGGACCAUUUCGCGGCGUGUGUGCAAGUGUCUCUCGCCUUCGCUAUGCCCGGCUCUUCGGCCCCCCGUCAGAUCGAUCCCCAGGCUCUGGUAGACCCGGACAAUGCUGGUGUCAUCAGUGAAAUCCUCGAGGACACUCCCGCGGUGUCCUGGCAAACAAAUGUCAACGAGCAUGCUUCCAUACUUGUUGAUCAUGUCUACACCAAACUCGUAGCUGCCUUUCCCCUGAGAGGUCGCAAAAUGCGGCAGAGUUUCCUCACGCAGGGAACGAUCCAACUUCAUGAGGAACUCGCAUUCCUGCGCCAGGCCCUGCGCAGAUGCGCACACAAUCUCUCUAAUACCCGUUUACGGUGCGCUUGGGCGGCUUGGCGCUCUGCCACCCCGUGGGGCCAGAUCUUCGCUGGACGCUGGCUCCGCGACUUACGGGUUGCUAUAGCCGGGUUGUCCUAUCGUAUCUCGGUUAUAGGAAAAGCCGUCCGUAAGAGCUGUCGACGGGAUCGCAAUGCAUACCUUGCCGGACUUGCAGACCAGGCGGACCAGGCGGGCCCGGCCCAAGUGCAUUUGGCUAUCAACCGGCUCUUGCGUCCCCGCCGCUUUCGUCGGCAGGGCCCCACCCCACUGCCUAGGCUAUACGAUGCUAAGGGCCAGCUAUGCCAGACGCCACAGGAUGUUAGGGAUACGUGGAGAACUCAUUUUGCAAAGCUUGAGGGUGGCGCUGCCUGCUCGGCAGAGGCACUUGUCAGUGAGUGCGUGCAGCGACAGCGACGAUGGGGUGUGCAGGAAAUGCUCCACUCCUCCCAAUUACCGGCAUUCGAUGACCUUGUUGCUGCAUUACGCAGAGCACAGCCCUUCAAGGCAUGCGGGCCAGACCUUAUCCCUCCUGCACUUUGUCAUGCCCACCCUGUUGGUGUUGCGGCCGUAAUGUGGCCGCUGCUUCUCAAAGUGGCCACACAGGGCUCAGAGCCCGUCGGCUUCAAAGGCGGCCGGCUCUUUCACAUUCCGAAACCGAACGCUACGGAGAAGUCCUCCACAAGUGCCCAUCGGGGCAUUUUAGUGCAACCCGUGUUCGGGAAGGCGCUUCACCGCGCUUUUCGCUCUAUGCCCGUUGCCUUCAUGGAGCAGCAUGCCCCUCAGACCCAGCUAGGCAGUCGUCAGGGCAAAUCACACACUUUCGGUUUCUUUCUGAGCCGCAGUUUCCUGGCAUACGCAAGGGUAUAUAACAUGUCCGCUGCCCUUAUCUUCCUCGACUUACAGGCAGCCUACUAUGCCGUGAUUAGAGAGCUGAUCUUGGGCACUGAUCUGUCUGACGAGAGUUUGAGGGAUGUGGCUGCCUCUCUCAAUCUCCAAGAAGGUGACCUUGCUUCCAUUGAGGAGUUAGCUGCGGCGGAUCCCGUCCUGACCCCACACAACUCGGCUACAUUACUGCGAGCCCUUGCUCGGGAACUGCACACAGACACGUGGUUCCACGUCCACGAUGACCAGGUCCUUGUUAGGACUAAGAGGGGUACUAGACCGGGGGGAUCAUUAGCGGACAUCACUUUUGCUCUCCUCUUCGCCCGCGUGCUCGACCGCCGGGAGCAUUAUCCCCAACAUACGAUCCCCCGGAUUCCCUGGUCGGGUUGCCGUGAAAUCAGGGUCUUCCAGCCGAAGCAAGACGGCAUUGAUCCUAGCGUCGAGCUAAAGGACAUAGUUUUCGCCGACGAUCAUGCAGCAUGCGUGAUCUCCCCUACUGCUGCGGGUUUAGCUCAGGACGUGCGGACGGUCACCGGGGUCACCUUCGACUCGGUUUCGGCCCAUGGGCUUACCCCGAACAUAGGCCCUAAGAAGUCCGCCGCGAUUCUGGUUCCUCGAGGCAAGGGGUCCAAGGCUGCUCGGGACUGCAUCUUUGGGAAGGGCAAAGGCAAGCUCACUGUCCUGCGAGAAAAUGAUAAGCCGAUCAUGCUCGAUGCCGUCCCUUUCUACCGGCACCUCGGAUCGACCAUCGCCCAUAGCGGGUCCCUGGUCAGCGAGGUUCGCCACCGGCUCGCACUGGCACGAGCCACUUUCGGGGAAGGACGGCGCAAAGUUUUUGUAUGUCCACAGAUCGCUCUGUCGCGCCGGGUCCAGCUUUUUAGGUCUCAUGUGCUUUCGGCCCUCAUGGCCGGCUCCGGAGCAUGGCCCAUGCUUCAGCAAGAGGCUUGGCACCUCUUUCAACAGGGGCUUACCGCUCUCUUUCGUCAGCUGCUUCGCAUCCCGCAUGAUGAGUGUCAGCAUUGGACUCGGGAUCAGGUAUAUGAUGCCUGCCAGGUCCCUUCCCCACAGGAGCUGUUACAUGCGGAAAGGCUACGUUUUCUCGGUCAAAUGCUGAAGCACGCCCCGGACGCGGCCUGGGCCCUGCUUCAGCAUCAUGUUGCUGCCAUUGAGGGCUUUACUGCUGCGUGUCUCUGGCUCCAGCAGGCGGUUUCCGCUACUAGUGCUUUGGGGGAUUUCUAUUCCGACUGGGGUAGCUGGUCAGAGCUCAUUCGAGGAAGUAAUCGCCUGUGGAAGGGCCUGAUCCGUCGGGCGCUCGCCUGGCACGCACUCCGACGAUCGGCACGCGUGCGUUUCCUACAGUUUGCACAGCGAUGCUGGCAGCGCAAGUCUGUGGACACCGUGGCGUAUGCUUUCGAGGGGCACGCAUGCCUUCUUUGUCAGCGGGUUUUUCCUAACGCACACACCUGGUCUUCGCAUGCGUCCCUUCAGCAUGGUUACCGAACCAAGGCCCGGAGGCUUGCACGAGGCCGCCAGUGCCAGGCGUGCGGCACCCUUUUUGCCGAUACUAGCCGCCUCGGUCACCACCUUGGCUCUUCUACCCGAUGCAGGCAGUCCAUUGAGCGUCAGGAUCCCGAUCUUCUGCCAGUGUGUCUCUCUGCCUCAGGGCAUGCUCAAAGCCGUGCCACUGCGGGUCGCGGAGUCGCUCACCUGCCGGAUGAGCGGGUUGAGAUCGCUCCCGAGCUCCUUCGGGCUCUGCAGGAAUCUUCUUUUGAGGAGGAUACUCACAUAAUGGAUAAAAUCCGUGAGUUCGUUGAACCCUUCGAGCUUCUUCGCAAUACCCUCGGUGCUUGGACUGAGAGCUUGCCUGCUGCCAGUUUGCGGAGCAUGGCGGAGGACGUCCUUCUCUGUUUCCAGGUCGAUCUCCUGUGUGAAGAAGUGCACCACAAGGCCAACGUAGAGUUCAGUUCAGAUAUCUUUGUUCCGGAUGUCCUGCCGCUUUUACGUACUCCGCGACCCGCAGGGCUGCCGGGGCUCGUGAUCGGCAGUCAUCACCCGGGCGAUGUUGACUUGCUUGACACAUGGCCGGGAGGGGGUUGGAUUUUCCUUCCUCUCGGUUUGGUAUAUCCGUCUGGACUUGAAUGGGCUUGCGUCCUUCUCACUCUGCCACCGCCACCAUGUGCCUGCUCCUCCCUCUGGGACGCUACGUCUUGCCCCCUUCGCCAACAGCGUAAACACGCUGAAUGGCUCCGGAUCUCGCUUUACUGGUUGGAUUUGGAGCGGUUCGGGCGGUUGUGCCGCGAGCUUCACAACCUGGGCCUGGAGCUCACCCAGGACCUACCCAAUCAGGUUCCAGGCUCGUGGGGCCUGGCGCAAGCUUUUCUGGAGCCAGAAGACGAUGAGGAGCUGGGUCGGGCGAUGGUGCCAGGGGCUGCGCGAACCGUGGCAGGAAAACUCGCCGAGGAGUGGCAGCGUGGCCGGGCAGACGCAGCCGUGGAGCUUCGAAACUGGGACCGGACCGAGCAGGAGAUUGCCGACAAAGAAGGAGACCGGCAACCCGUCACGGUGCUUUUGUCCGAUCUCUCGCCGCAAGAGGUGGGCUGCUUGCUGCGGACGUGUGAAGCUGCAGGUGUUCCAGAAGUGGUCCUGUGUGAUGAUACGCCUGGACCGCCUGACCCGGGCGUCCUGAAAACAUCUCUGCAGGCAGAGGACUUUCUCUGCAUCCGGCGAGCAGCAGGCGCUGCAAAGGAGCUGCAGCGACUCGCCGAGGCCGGGAUGCAGGUGUGGACCUUGGACUCGGACUCGGGCAACUCAGCGAAGCAACCGGAAGCUGACUUGUUCGAGGACUUGGCGCCAUGCCCGCCAGUGGCGCUUGGCUUGGGAUGUCGGUACCUGUGCGGCAUGCUGCAGGGGCAGAUAUUCGCCUGA